ACCAACCACUCGUACUAACUAGUAUUGAAUAUUUUAUUUUAGGUUUGUUGGAAGUUGACACAGUUCUGUUUUCGUAGUGGAAGUGUUAAGGUAACCUUUUAAACCAAAACAAAGAAAGAAACUAUUUGAACGCGUCCAAUUGAAAAGACUUGCAAAGAAAGUAAAAAAUAAAAACACCAAACCCCAAAAAUGACGCGUAAUUCGGUCAUAAUUACGCUAAGUGUGUUAUUGGUAAUUGGCAAUGUAGGUUUUCUAUAUGCUGACGAUAAUACAACUCAAAAAGCAGUGCCUUUACAGAACACGAACUCAACGGCUGCACCUGUAACUACCAAACCGCCCGCAACAACUCAAGCACCUGCAAGCACAACGAAGCCAAAAAUAAUUAUAAAAGACAGUGAAUUGUGCAAAAAAUGUUCGUGUGAUAUUCAAUACCUUCAAAUCGAUUGUAGCAACAAAUCAAUGACAUCUUUGUUCUCUGCUGAAGAAUGGCAGACAUUACAGAACGGCGAUGUAUUAUUCGAAAUAAUGAAACUGAAUCACAAUGAAAUUUCGUACAUUCCCGUAUUGCCAACGUAUCCGGUUAAAUCGUUGUAUCUAAGUUUUAACAAAAUCAACAAUAUUAGUAUUGGAGCCUUUCAAAAUCUCUCCCAGCUGACUGUUUUGGACUUGUCGAAUAACAAAUUGACAUCGAAGAUCCUCAAACCACAUGUAUUCAAGGGAAUGUAUGCCGCUGAUAAAUAUGAACCCCUAAAAAAUUUAAGAACUCUUGACUUGGCCUAUAAUGAAUUGCACACCUUAAACAGUGAUCUAUUCGAACAUUUGCCCGAUUUGGAGACACUGAUUUUGUGCAAAAACACUUUCCAUAUAAUCGAUCCGAGUACCACAAUUGCUAUAGCAAGUUUGAAUUCCUUGAAAACCUUGGAUAUAUCUUAUAUGGAACUUAGUGAACUACCUGAUACUUUAUUCCAUAGUCCCAUCGAGUUGGAAACAUUAAUUUUAACUGGAAACUUAUUCCACACUCUACCUGCUGCCUUGUCCCGAACCAAACACUUAAAGAAAUUAGUAUUAGACGAAAAUCCUUUAAGUGAUUUUGACAAUACCAAUGUAUUCAAAUCAUUAGGGGAAUUGGAAUAUUUGAGUAUCUCUUAUUUAGAGGAUGUUACAAAAAUCGGUCCAUGGGCUUUAAGCGAUUUACAGAAUCUAACCACUUUAAUAGCUGCCAAUAAUCCUCAUUUGUCAAGUAUACAUGAAUUGGCGUUUACUAAAAAUACUACAAAUCCAGACUUAUUCGAUUAUCCACCAUUGAAAAAGCUUUAUUUACACAAUAACAACCUUACAACGAUUGAACACAAUUGGGUGGUUCGUUGGCAGACAAUUACUGAACUCGAUUUACGCUUCAAUCCAUGGACAUGUGACUGCACCAACAGUUGGUUUAUUCAUUCGUUAAUGAAACAAAUUAAUAAUACCACACCCCUACUAACACAUGAUGUCAACUGUGCCGCUCCAUUGGCUUGGAAAAACAAGCCUCUUCUAGAGUUGAGUGCAGACAACAAGGAACUUGUAUGCGAAAACGCCAGUCAUCCCGAAAACGACAGUUUGAUCUUGGUCGGUAUAUUAGUGGGUGUUUUGAUAGGCAUCCCAUUGACCUUAGGAGGAUUGGUAAUAUACCGGAAAGGUUGUUUCGGUUUACUAAAUCGUCGAAAUCCUGGUACAGAUCGUUCCUUAUAUAAUCGUGCUAGUUUUGCUGAUGAAUUUCACAUUUAAAUGUAAUUUACUUAAUUACAUAAUAUAUGUAUUACAAAUUUUAACAUAAAUACCUGUAUAUUUUCCGUACUUUUUUACAAUAGAAAGACUUAUCUAAUAAAGAAAUUGUUUUGUAAUAAAUACAAAAAUAAGUCAA